AAGGCUUGGCUGAAGACUAAAGACAGAAAAACCCACAACUUUUCAGUUGCAGUCACGUUUUUCUCUGUUGCACUGAGGGAUUUACAUAUUUGGCCGUCUUCCACGCACCGUUUCUUGGAACAUGGGUGCGAGGCGAUGUGUGCCAGGAUUACUUGUCCUGUCCGCAGCCCUAUUCGCCGGCUUUUGCAGGGCGAAAGAUAUGCAGGAGACGGAAGUGAUCGACGUGCUGACGCUGAACGAUGCCAAGCAGAUCACGGCGGCGGUGGAGAAGGUGGCAGGGGCCCUUGGCACGGUCGAUGACAUCUACAUCACAUCCUCUUUCCGUCUGCCGCUGAAGAUGGGCGGCAUGCUGCUCGGCCUGUACAACAAGCAGGACAACAGGAAGUACCUGGAGCUGGCCAUCAUGGGCAAGAUCAAUAAAGUUCUUGUGCGAUACGUACGGGAGGAUGGCAAGCUUCACACCGUUAACCUCCAGAACGCCAACCUGGCUGACGGACGCCCUCACUCUAUCAUCCUACGGGUGGGCGGGCUCCGCCGGGCAAACCUCAACCUGGAGCUCUACAUUGACUGCCGAUUGGCCGACACCAGCAAGGGCCUCCCCCCAUUGGUCCAGCUCCCGUCAGAUGCAGGAUUGGUGGACAUCCGUAAUGGCUAUAAGGCCUACGCUAGGCUACAGGGCUCUGUGGAGACAUUAAAGAUGGCUCUUGGAGGUAGUGUAGCUACAGCAGGUUCCCUGACAGAAUGUCCUUUCCAGGGAGACUCCUCGGUGUACAACACUGUGAAUGGGGAAGUAAACUCCAUUCUUGGUGAUCACACUAAGGCUCUGAUUGGUCAGCUCAUUAUCUUCAACCAGAUUCUGGGGGAGCUGAGGGAAGACAUCAGAGAACAGGUCAAAGAGAUGGCUCUCAUCAGGAACACUAUACUGGAGUGCCAAGUGUGUGGCUUCACUGAGCCACGGUCCCGCUGCUCUCCGAAUCCCUGCUACAAGGGGGUGCCCUGCGUGGAGUCCCCAAACUUCCCUGGAUACCGCUGUGGGCCCUGUCCCGAGGGUAUGGAGGGCAAUGGUACUCACUGCAGGGACAUUGAUGAGUGUGCCCUCGCCCAGCCGUGCUACACUGCAGCAGGGUGUGCAAACACUGCGAAAGGUUUCACCUGUGAGCCCUGCCCCCCCGGACUCUGGGGGCCCCCCAUCACUGGGGCCGGUUUGGUCUAUGCCAGGAGCCACAAACAGGAGUGUUCAGACAUUGAUGAGUGUUCUGAGGAUGUCUGUGUGCCCAAUUCUCUGUGCAAAAACACUGUGGGUUCUUUUGAGUGUGGCCAAUGCAAAGGAGGCUUUUUUGGAAACCAGACAGUUGGCUGCUUUCCACGGAAAUCUUGUGCCACGAUGAAUUUCAACCCCUGUGAUGCCAAUGCACACUGUAUCAUCCAGUGGAACGGGGAUGUUGCCUGUAGGUGCAAUGUGGGCUGGGCUGGAAACGGACACACUUGUGGUCCAGACAUGGACAUUGAUGGAUACCCAGACCAGUCUCUCCCCUGCAUCGACAACGACAAGCACUGCAAGCCGGACAACUGCAUUUCCACACCCAACUCUGGCCAGGAGGAUGCAGACAUUGACGGGAUUGGUGACCAGUGUGAUAAUGAUGCUGAUGGGGAUGGGAUAAAGAACGUGGAGGACAACUGUCGACUGGUGGCAAACAAAGACCAGCAGAACUCUGACACGGAUUCCUUCGGUGACGCCUGUGACAACUGCCCAAACGUCCCCAACAUUGACCAGAUAGACACUGACAAUAACGGGGAGGGCGACGCUUGUGACAAUGACAUCGACGGAGACGGAAUCCUGAACGUCCUGGACAACUGCCUGAAAGUGCCCAACCCCCUGCAGACAGACCGGGAUGGAGACGGGGUGGGGGAUGCUUGUGACAGCUGCCCUGAAGUCAGCAACCCCAUGCAGACAGACAUUGACAAUGACCUUGUAGGAGACGUGUGCGACACCAACCUCGACAUGGAUGGAGACGGUCACCAGGACUCAAGGGACAACUGCCCCGACAUCCCCAACAGCUCCCAGCUGGACUCGGACAACGACGGCAUCGGUGAUGACUGCGAUGAUGAUGAUGACAACGACGGCAUCCCAGAUUAUGUCCAUCCUGGCCCUGACAACUGCCGGCUCAUAUCCAACCCAAACCAGAAAGACUCCGAUGGAAAUGGGAUGGGCGAUGUGUGUGAGAAAGACUUUGACAACGAUAGCGUGAUGGACCAUAUUGACGUAUGUCCAGAGAGCGCAGAGGUCACACUAACAGACUUUAGAGCCUAUCAGACGGUCAUCCUGGACCCUGAGGGAGAUGCCCAAAUUGACCCCAACUGGGUGGUGCUCAAUCAGGGUAUGGAGAUUGUUCAGACCAUGAACAGUGAUCCCGGAUUAGCUGUGGGCUACACGGCCUUCAACGGUGUGGACUUUGAGGGCACAUUCCACAUCAACACAGUGACAGAUGACGACUAUGCCGGCUUCAUCUUUGGCUACCAGGACUCAUCCAGCUUCUACGUGGUGAUGUGGAAGCAAACGGAACAGACCUACUGGCAGUCCAUCCCCUUCCGUGCCUUGGCUGAACCAGGCCUGCAACUGAAGGCGGUGAAGUCUCGCACCGGCCCGGGUGAGUUCCUGCGCAAUGCUCUGUGGAAUACGGGGGACACUGCAGGCGAGGUCAAGCUGCUCUGGAAAGAUCCACGGAACGUGGGCUGGAGGGACAAGACCUCUUACCGCUGGCAGCUCAGCCACCGCCCACAGGUGGGCUACAUCAGACUGAAGCUGUAUGAGGGGCAUGCUCUGGUGGCUGACUCGGGUGUGAUCGUCGACACCACCAUGAGAGGCGGACGUCUGGGUGUCUUCUGCUUCUCUCAGGAGAACAUCAUCUGGUCCAACCUGGGCUACCGCUGCAACGAUACAGUCCCAGAUGACUUCAGCACGUACCGGAGACAGAUACAGAUGAACCUCCACGUGUGAGGAACGUGCGUGAAGGCGAGGGGGGUGUGGGGCAGAUGGACACUCUGUGGGCACAGCAUCACCUGUGUCUAUCAGCUCAUGUGUUGUCGUGUGAUUGUCUGUAUGGGGAGAGGAACCGCACUCUUCUUGUCCUGGUCACACUGAAGUGAAGCUGGGGGCUAGCGUUACCUGCAAGCUAAACACAAUUAUAAGCUGAUUUUCAUCAGGCUGAUUAGCUGCUGAGCAAGGGCAGUGAGGCCUCUGUCCCAUCCUCAUUGUGUGGAUGUGACUGAGUAUUACGAGUGGAACAUGUGUAUACGUGUGUAUGUGUGCGU